AACUAAUAGAUCUAAAUUGCCCAUAAUAUUAUAGAAUAAAAAGUAUUGCCACUGCAACGCGAUAGGUGAAAUUUUGUUUCGUUAAUGACUUAUGACUGUUUUCGAUGAACUCUGAGAUAAGAUGAUUAUCGACAAUCUUCUCAUAUCCAGGAAAAUAAGUUAGUGUUCUUUUUUCACUUUGAGCCGUUAAAAUCAUGUUGCUUCAUCAUGAUUGAGAAAUAGCAGGGAGUAGCGGCCAUGACAGAGACAGAUCAGCUGAGCAGGAUGCGGGGCGUGAACCAGGCAGAGGAGUCUCCGGGGAGACCGCCUGGGCGCCCCAUGCGGCAGCUGGAAUUCCAUCAGGCAAUGUCAGAUUUUCGACACAUGUUCCCGGAAACGGACGAGGAAGUGAUAGAAGCCGUUCUGAGGACCAACAACGGGAUGGUGGACGCGACGAUCGACCAGCUCCUGACCAUGAACAUUGACACGGAAGGUAACGAGGAGGACGAGGAAGACGACGACCUGCCCGAUCACGUUUUGAUGUCGGUUGAGCGAGAUGUGCAGCUGCAGCAACAGCAACAGAUGACCCAGUCGACCUCCAGACGGCUGAGCAGAGAAGCCCGGGCAACAAGGAAACUGUUGACGAGCGAGGGCAAAGGCCAGUCCAAGGACUCGGAGGACUGCCCGCCGUCGUACACGGAGGCCGUACAGUCACACCUGACCUCCCACCACCACCGCAGCAGCGCUGGCGGAGGCAGCAACAGCCGCAGCCGACACCGCACGCCCCCCAGUGCGUCUGCCGCCGCCAGCAACGGCCACCUGUCGCGGCCCGCGCUGGGCACCAUGCAGCAUCUGCUCGACCUGGGUCCCGACACGGCCCCGAGCGCCUCGCUGGCCGCCGUCGGCCCGCCUGCCGCGCCGCAGUCGGCUGCCAACUCCGCCAAAGGUCACCACUCCGGCCACCACCACUCCAGCCACCACCACCACCACCACAAUACUCACCACCACCACGUCUCCCGAUCUUCCAACCACCACCGGCGGCGCGCGGAGUUCUCGGAGAGCUCCCCGCACAAGGUGCGGCCGGGCAGGAACUUGCUGGCGUCUGCGUCCGGCAGCCAGCACGAAGCCUUGCCAGAGGAUAUGUCCUUCAAGCCCCAGAGGAAAGGCUCGGUGGACAGUAACAAUUUCAGUUUGGACGGGAGCGGCGAGAAAAGCUCGCACCGCUGGAGAUCUACGUACAGACAGCAAAGCUCCGGUGGAAAGAGGCCAGCGUUUAGAAACUGGAACCCGCCCAUGCUGGGCACUUUACCCGACGACUUUUUGCGAAUCAGCCCAUCCCUGUCCAGCUCUGGCCCUGCCCGCUACGGUGGAAAACACGGCCCUCAUUUGCACAGAGCAAUGUCUGCGGUCGGGCCAGAGCGGCCCCAGUUCUACCCUCUCUCAUCGUCGCCGACGUCAGCGAUUGGUCAGGGGUCCAGCACCGUGCCUCAUAGUCAGUCCACGCGGCACCGGUCGUCCACCCACAAGCCGCACCGGUCGCUCUCCUUCGCCGGACACACCGGUCAGCAGGGUCUGCCCAAGAGAUCACAGACCUUGCACCCUUCGGGUUUGGCCCAGCACGAGUUUAGCUCCGACAUCCUACAGGAGAGGUUCAAGGAGAACGAGCGGCGGCGCCGCAUGACCUCUGGCGACCUUGACCCCGACCUGGCGCAGUACCUGGAGGACGAGCGCCUGGCCAUCAUGCUGCAGAACAGCGAGUUUUUACAGGAGCUGCGGGGCGACCGCAUGUUUAUGAUGACCUUGGAAAGAGAUCAGCGAAGUGUGGAAACGGAGAAGACUAAGCCGGACCCUCCUCCUGCAGAACCAGAACCUGUCUCGGCGCCGUUCAGCCCUGACGAAAAUAUUGACAAUUUCAUAGAGGGCUAUGGCGAUGAUCGGCAAGACACUCUCGAGGCUUUCCCGUUCAGCCAACAGUUACCUCCCCCUGUCAACGAGGACGUGGAGUUGAGGAAAAAGUUGAAAAAUAUGAGCAGAGCGUCGAGGAAGCAGUUUGCCGCUCUGGCCAGGAGGUUCUUCCUCAAGAGGAAGAAGAAAACGGCUCAGCAAAUCCUGAAGGAGUCUCAAGCUCCGUCCAUGGCUAAUCUUUUGGACGAGGAUGACGAGAACGACGAUGUGGAGGAAACGACCAAUGGCUACGAUGGUGCAGACGCGAGUGGUGUGUCGGAGUCUUACGAUUCCUCACGGCACAACUAGGCGCAAUGUUUGGAGCUGAUUUGACUGGUGCAACAGCCCAAAGUGCACAGACGGUGAAGAGAAGACAUUUGCAGCGGGGAAGAAGUCUCUCAUGGCAAAUGUAAAGUCGGGGUUUUGAGGCUCUCCUGUCCUGUAUGCUGGAGUCUGUCGGAGCCGAGGCCCGGGUGUUUGUGUGUGUGUGUGUGCGUGUGUGAAGACCUGUGUGGUUACCUGUGUCUGUGUGUGUGUGUGU